GGCGGAAGACACUUCUUGCAGAAAGAGUGGAGGCAUGGUAGAAGUUUCGGCUCUCUGUUGUGGAAAUUCAACUUGCAGACAGGAAAAGUAAAGACAAGUUUGGUCAUACUUGUGAAGAAUGGAGUUGACAGCUGCGAGUCACUCUAUCCCACUGAGUGAUGGCAACAAAAUUCCCCUAAUGGGACUUGGAACAUAUGGGGAUCCUUCCACGACUCCUAAAGGAACUACUCUUGAAGCAGUGAAGCUGGCUAUUGAAGUUGGAUAUAGACACAUUGAUGGGGCUUUAAUGUAUUUCAAUGAGCAUGAGGUGGGACAGGCCAUUCGUGAGAAAAUUGCAGAUGGAACUUUAAAGAGAGAAGAUAUCUUCUACUGUGGAAAGUUGUGGAAUACCUUCCAUCCUCCGGAGUUGGUCAGAGCAGCUUUACAGCAAACACUGAAGACUUUACAACUUGACUAUGUAGACCUUUACAUCAUUGAAAUGCCCAUUGCAUUUAAGCCAGGAGAGACUUUUUUCCCAAAGGAUGAGAAUGGGAAAUGUCUGUACCAUGAGACAGACCUCUGUGCUACAUGGGAGGCUUUAGAGGCUUGCAAAGAAGCAGGGCUGACCAAGUCCCUUGGAGUAUCCAACUUCAAUAAGAGACAGUUAGAGUUGAUCUUGAAGAAACCAGGCCUCAAACACAGGCCGGUCUCCAAUCAGGUUGAAUGUCAUCCGUAUUUCACUCAACCUAAGCUACUUGAAUACUGUCAGCAGAACAACAUCCUUGUUGUGGGAUACAGCCCAUUAGGAACUUCGAGAGAUGCAUCCUGGGUGAAUUUGGCAUGUCCACCAAUGUUAGAAGAUGAACUUUUGGUGUCCAUUGCCCACAAACACAAGAAGACCCCUGCACAAGUUGCCCUGCGAUUCAACAUUCAAAGAGGGGUGGCAGUGAUCCCCAAGAGUUUUAAUCCUCAUCAUAUAAAGGACAACUUUCAGGUAUUUGAUUUCUCCCUAUCUGAUGCUGAAAUGAAGGCAAUACUGGGACUAAACAAGAACAUUCGGUUUGUGGAGCUUCCCAUGUGGAGUGACCAUCCGGAGUACCCCUUUAAUGACAGUUACUAGACCUUCUCUACACAAAGAAAUGUCAUUAUGCUUUUGUUAUUAGGUGCUUAUACUAUUAUUUCUAGGGCAGCUUUACAAGAUGUUGUUAUAGUGUAUAACAAUAUAUCAAUCGAACCAUGAAUGGGUUUUUUUGGGAAUAAUUGUACAUUAAAAAUAAUAAAGCUUUCUAUAUUUUGUAUGAAAAGA